GCCGGCAUGGAGCCCUGCGCGGGCUGCCCGUUGGUGGAGGACAGCUUCACCCGCUUCUCCUCCCAAAGCAACGUCUACGGGCUGGCCGCCUUGCCGGGGGCGGCGCGGGGGGGCCGGGCGGGGCCGGAGGAAGGGGCGGGGGGGCCGGGGGGGCUGCUGGCCGCCACCCUCAAGGGCAAGGUCGUUUAUUUCCGCUACCAGGACCUGCGGCAGAAGCUGCGCCCCGUGGCCAGGGAGCUCCCCUUCACCUACAUCCCAGUUGAUGCUGAGAUUGUGUCCAUUGACACGUUCAACAAGUCCCCUCCCAAACGGGGCCUGGUGGUGGGGAUCACCUUCAUUAAGGAUUCUGGAGAUAAAGCUAGCCCUUUCCUUAACAUCUACUGUGACUAUGAACCAGGUUCAGAAUACAAUCUGGAGUCCAUCGCACAGAGCUGUUUGAACUUAGAACUACAGUUUACCCCUUUCCAGCUCUACCAUGCAGAAGUCCAGGUUGCCGGCCAGCCCGAGACGGUCUUCUUGCUGAGUGGUAAUGAUCCUGCAAUUCACCUGUACAAAGAGAAUGAAGAACUGCACCAGUUUGAGGAGCAGCCAGUGGAGGAUCUCUUUCCUGAACUCAAAGAGCUUCCAAGCAACGUACUUUGGUUGGAUGUGUUCAACAUUCCCGACUCAAGGCGACGCAUCACUGCCUUUGGCUGCCAGAGCGGCUACAUCCGUGUGGCCCACGUCGAUCCGGACAGCAGAGAGGUGCUGCAGAGCUGGAGCAUCUUGCAAGAUGGGCCCAUCUCCAAAGUCCUGGUGUUUACCUUACCGGCUCCCUGCUAUCCAGAUAACCUCGUGGGGACCACAGCUGCAAGCGGUACUGCCGGAAACUGCAACCAGAGCUAUAACAUCCUGAUCACCAGCACUAUUGAGCUCUCCGUCGUGUACAGGAACGUCCUGCAGAACGGCCUCGAGGACCAGCUGGUCCUGCCGUUGAGUGACCAGUAUGACAGCGUGAUCUGCGCCCUAGUGACGGACAUCGACUUUGAUCGUGAGCCUGAGAUCCUGCUGGGGACGUACGGGCAGGAAUUGCUGUGCUACAAGUACGUCCUGCCCAGCGGGGAGUUCCACCUUCUCUGGCAGCGCGGUUUCCCCAGUCCCCUGCUGUCCAUGGAGUAUGUGGACCUGACCUGCGAUGGACUGUGUGAGCUGGCUGUGGUGUGCCUGAAGGGGCUGCACAUUCUGCAGCACAGCCUGACGCAGACCGCACAACGCCUCCUGGAGCGGCUUCGGUUGAGAGUGGCCAGCCUGGCGGUCCAGCAUGACCCGCAGCCCCCGGAUCCCAAGAGUCAGGGUGCUGAUGGGGAAGAACGGCCAAAUGAGUGA